UUCGCCAAAGUUUACGACGACGUCUCCUCUGGCACCGAUCGACUCUAUCGAAGCUCGGUUGUUUGACGCAUAGUCGUUAAGACGCUCUGCUGGUCGUGGUCGCCGCAGCCGCUCGCGCCUUUGAAAGCAGCACAACUCGCCCGACGAUCAGCAGAGGUUCCCGGCGAACGGCUUCGCGAUGGUGAUCUUCGGUUCCCCGACGACUAUUGUGAGCGAGCUCGUGAAGGAGGCCCUCCUGCGCUGCUUCUGUAACACGUGCAGGAGCGCACCCACUCUCGACCGCAACAAGAGUCAGCCAAUGAUUCUGAAGCCGCUGGUGAGGACGCGGCCUCCUCGCCGAACUGGCAUGCUCAUGGCGACUGAGGUGCGCUGCACAGAGCAGAGCAAGGGUGGGCUCAAGUACGAGCUGGUGCUGGCCGACCCCUGCAUGGACUCGCCGCUCCGCAAGCCCAGCACUAGUCCGCCCAAGAGCAUCUCGGCCGAGGACAUUGAAAAGAAGCUCAAGGAAGCCGAGGAAAGGCGCCAGUCCUUGGAGGCAAUGAAACUGAACCAGCUGAACGAGAAGCUGAGCCGACUGGCCGAGGUGAACCAGAAGAAGGAAGGCCUCACCGAGGAGUUCCAGGAGAGCGCUCGGCAAAACUAUGAGAAGAAGAUUGAGACCUUCAAGGAGAAUCGCGAGGCACACAUCAAGUCCAUUCAGGAGAAGCAGCGCGAACACGUUAGCCGAGUGGAGGAGGUCCGCAAGUCUCUGGAUGCUCAGACGCAGGAGAUGCUGGCGACCAUCCAGAAAAAGAUUGAGAAUGCCAACGAGGCACGUGAAGCUCAGAUUUCGGCACUUCAGGAGCGCCUGAGGAACCACGACAAGCACAUUUCGGAUGUGCGAAAGCAGCUGGAGGAUUUGGUGGACGAGAAGCGGGAGAAGAUCCAGAAGAAGCUUGACACUGCCCAGGAGAACCGGGCCUCCAUUUACCGCGAGCUGCAGACAAAGCUUCAAGAGAAGGAGAAGCACGCUGAGGAGGUGCGCCAGAACAAGAACCAGUCUGCGGAGUGUCCCUCCCAGCAGAACGCUGUUGAGACGGCCGUGUCGGGCUAAGUCUCAACACUGCACCAUUUUCCAACCCAGUUUUCCUUUUUGAAUGUUCUGUUCAUUCCUCAUUUCCCCGUUUAAAAUUGAGUUUGCUGUUUGUAGUUGUUCUUUGAGUACAAGCUCUCCUUGUACAACUAUCACCUCGUGUAAGCGCACUUUAACCGAUGAGUUCGCCUCGCAGCAGGGCACCGUUUUCUUCGCGUCUUUCUGCCUCUUGUUUCUACGAGGGUUGUGCCUAUACACGAGCUUUUUUAGAGAACUGCUGCACAAUUUGGGCUCAGACUCGCCUAGAGCCUGCUGUCACUGCCUUAUUCCUCUUUUCACCUCAUUUAUGCAGCAAGCGUGCAGAUAUACACAUCAGAUGUACUUAUAUAACGUUAUACAUUGCUUGUGCCGUCAUUCUUUUUUUACUUUCCCUCAAGCACAAAGAUAACCAAAUGCAUAAACGAGAACUUGCCAAGGACAUGGCGGCAGGUGUUUCUUUGAAUUACGAGUGUGUUGCUAUGUAUUUCUUUUCGUUUUUGAGGAGGUGCCUGCAGUGAGCCAUGGUCCGCUGGUCGCAGUAGAGUUUUAGUGUUUGCCAGGCUCGGAAAACGCGAGCGGUGUUUGAAAGACUGAUUUAAGCUUCGGAACAUGCUGUAUCUGCUCAUAGAGAGCCGGUGUGUGUGUGUGUGAUGCGUCAGGCAGGGUGUUUUUAAAAAAAAAAAAGCCCGCAAGAUAUUUUGCAAGCUUUGUAACCACACUUUUCCCUCCUCUGCUUUUGGCCCUGUACUGAUCGGCAGAUUUUCAAUGUAUCCCCUCUUUGUGAAAGCCUUCUGUGCCAUAUCUCGUAGCCUGCCUUGUUGCCUUAGUACUGUGUGCAAACUGGACCAAACGUGCUUUUCUCUCGGCAGGGUCUCGGCUGCCGCCUCUUGCAAAGGGGACACUUCUUAAGUUUUAACCGCUUCCAUAAGUUUGCUGCAGACACUCCUUGUCCAAGCUGUGAAGAAUUGAACGAGAUCAAAACAAGCCCUUUACAAGGGUCUUGCCAGGUUCUCCAGAUGGCUGACAAUGUGCAAGUACGAAAAUGGUGCAUACAGGCAUAAAUGUAGUGUAGCGUCUCUCUAGGUUAACUUUGCCGAGGGACAUGUUUGACUCCUGUAAAAUACUUUUAGCCAUGUAUCUAAGGAGGCAUAGGGGGUGCCUCCCAUAUCUUUCUGGGCAGCUGUAUUUGGACUUGCCUUUAUAACAGAGCUUGCAAAUCCCUGUAAACUUCUAGCAAAUUCAAAGAGUAAUGAUUGCUCAGGGUCUUCAGACGUCUUUGACUCGGCUGAACUUCAGCUGAAUUUCCACAACCUUCGAGUGUUGAGUCAUUGUCAACUUUCUACUUGGUGUUAUGCAGACCAUGUAAAGGUGUUUGACUGUGUGCUGUAUCGGUAAUUGCGAGAAAAACGAACAACUUUCUGUGAAGUGGAUGUCGUGAGUGGUCAUUUCUACAGAGACAAAAACGGCCUUGUGAUAACUGGCGUUCCCUUGUGAACAGCAGUGUUUGUCCCUGUGUGUGUAAACUGCUGUAGCUGUUGUCUCUUCCCUCCGUGGAACAUUGUGGGUCAAGGGCUGUCUAAUUUCGCAUCGGUUAUCUCAUCUUUUCAUUUAAAAUUUUUUUGCUCAAAGCAAUGCUUUGUAUCUGCAAGUCUGUAAAUGGCCCUGUGUGCAGCCCCGCCCUGUGAAGUCAAUUAGUCAUUUUGCUCACUGUCUUCGCGACUGGCACUUGUGUAUUUCUUUUGUAAGUUAUGAUCAAUAAAUCGAUAUGUUCCAUC